AUGUAUGACACUGGGCUUUCUAACGCAUAUUUUUUCGUGGAAAACGGCGAAGAACUGACGAAGAUAGAUGGAGGGCUGGUCUGCGCCGCUAUACCCACGGAUAUAUCCGUACCAUGGCUUAUCCAAUCCGCAAAUGUCAACUCCCACGACCACCACUUCCCGGAAUGUUUUGCCGUCGCAUGCAGGAACCAACGGCGACCCUACUCACAAGACUCCUUGCACGGUCCUCAGGCUGCCCAAUCCUUGAAAUUCUUUGACUCUCGUUGCUUUUGCAUCCCGUCUUCUCUGCCAAAUAUGGCUUCGGCACUUUCGUAUGGUUGUGAUGUUCACUACAGCCCAUCGUCCCUACCUUAUCACUCUCUAUUUCUGCCGCCGGUCAACUUAAUAUGUUCCGAUCUGUCAGCACGCGCAGUCGAAUUCAACAGCCCUACUAUCUCGAUCUCUUUCCUAUCUCUCCCUGCCGUCCAUCAUGGAGUGGGAAACUGCGCUGAACACACGUUCCUUCCUUCCGAUUGGCUAGAUCAGCAUUCCAAGUUUGUGUUCAUCAAUCUGAAAGAGAAAGAGUGUGGGGAGAAUAAGUCUGCCGGUCAUUGGAUUGAAAGACAACUACGAGACCAGGCCGAAGACGACUUCAAAUUCCAUUAUCCAGCAGUCGCUCUAGUCUACCACGGCGGAAGCGCAGUAGACUUCAUCGGAAUUCGCAUAGAAUGUGCCAAAGCUGGUAAAGAAUUCGUUUCCAAUAUCGCUUUUGGCCGCGAUCCUGAAGGAGAGUUGUAUUACAACGAUAUCUCGCAACUCGCAGGAAUCGGUAAAUACGAGAUUCAGUUCAAAGUUGGUCAAGUACUACAAAUCGUAAUCCGCAACCCCAACAAUGGUAUCGUCGCCACCUUCGUAGGAGCAGAUCCCGCAAGCGCCAUUGGCUGGUUAGAAUUCGACGCCGACCACCCUGAGGUACCUCUCAGAGGAAAUUGGAACGACUAUAAGGCGUUGGAUGUAGCUUCCGUCAUAACCUGUGCUGCAGGAUCGACGGAUGUAACCAUCUCACUUGACUCGUUAGCGAAGAAGGUUACAUUCAAGCUACCUAGGGCCAGUGUCAAAGGCAUGAAUCAUAUGGGCACGACGACCAUUUCUUCUGUCAACGAUAUCCCGAAUGGUACACACAGCAUGGUCGACUUCGAUGCUGAUCGCGUUCUGUUCUAUCCCCAGGUUGGCAGCAAAACUAUGACGGGCUACUUCAUUCCGGCAGUCAAAGAAAGAGCAGACUUGGUCGCUCUUGGACAUCAAGCAUUCAUCAGUUCUAGCGCGAACGCUGUCUGGCAAUCUGCUUGAAGUUCGAACAGAUUAGCGAAGGCUGCCAAUGGCCAAGGACAAUUGUUGUAGGCACCUGUAAAUUCGAGUCCAAUUCCACAUGUAUCGCGCGUAACACCGUAAAGAUUUAAAUUUGUUAUCAUCACUGAACAAGUACGAAGAUAAAGGUUCGAU